UCUCCCAUAUUAACUAUAGUCGCUGGAAACAUUUCACAUCCCUGCUGCUUCUCAUAUUGUCUGAUGGUAGAACACAGAGUAGACGCCAUUCAUCAAAGUGAUUUCUACUGAGCAGUGACAAAGCUAUAGUCAGAAUUCUGGGCUUUGGAGUCAGCAGACCUGGGUUUGAGUUUUGCUUUGCCAUUUAUUAACCUGCAAAACCUUAUGCAAAUUAUAUAAUUCAUCCACACUUCACAUUUCUGAGCUGUAUAAUGGAUAUUGGUAGGAUCUACCACAUAGGGUUGGAGUAAUAAAUGAACUAAUGCAUCCAGAGUGCUCAGUACUGUGUUCAGAAUCUAUAUUAAAAUGAAUUUUAGAUAUUGUUAUUAAAAUUAUUUUUACUAUAUAACUAAAUUCAUCUUGCUGCACAUAAAUAUUUUAAAAUAUGCAUUCUUAUAUAUUAAAAUCUUAUCUAAAAUUACAGAAAGAUUAAUUAUGAUUAAAAAUAAACUCCCCCCCAAAAAAACUCGAAUGAUGCUUCUAAAUUUAGUAUCCUUAGAUAGGUUUGUAUGAGGGGGUGGAGUGAAGAGGGAGGAGGCCCUAAACCUACUGCUCUUACAGGUUAAAUUUAAAGAUGUAAAAGUGCAUUUUUGUCAGUAGAGAAAGAAUCAUUGGCUUUCAUCAGUUUCUCCAAGGGAUUGGGGGGAAAAACAUUUCAAAUCACUGCAAUGCAGUAAAAACACAUUUUUUAAACUACUUAUUGCAAAGGCAUUUUUUGACCUGUCACUUUUCAGCUAUUAAAAUUUAGAAGUGCUAAUGCUGUUUAGUUGAAAAAAUUUGCCGUCAACAUACAGAAUAUUGAAAUGUUACAUCUGGCCUAGUUUAAGGAAAAUUAGAAAUCUCAUUAGGAAAGGGUUUGCCUCCACCUAUUUACGCCAGCCUUAAAGCUCUGGCAGAGGAGCUUUGAAAAGUGAAAAAAAAAUCAAUGGGGCAGUUUUAACUUUAAAAAAUGUCCUUGCUUGUAAAACAACUAAGAUAUAAUACACAAUGGUAAGCUGCUCCUAAGAUCAAAAUAAAAUAUCUUAUUUAAUGAUACACACAAUUCUGUGAAGAGACAGUUUUACAGCUCUGAAUGCCACCAGCCAGUGGGGUUUUUGAUAUAGUGACAGAAAAACUAACAUUUGAGAUGCUUUUGACUUAGUGUAUAAAUAUUUCAUAUCUUGACUCUAAUCCUCAUUAUUUUAAGACAAAGGUAUAAUCAACCCCAUUUGACAGACAAGGAAACCAAAGCUCACAGAGUUUAUAACUUUCAUAAGUUAACAGAGCUAAUAAAUGGCUGACUGUGAUAUCCAAAGAUCAUGAUGUUUCUAUUUCACCAGGCCACCUUCUGUAAAUACCUUGAACUUCAAUCUCAUUUGAGGAAUGUGUAUUAUCUUUAUGUUGGAUUAUUCUGGGUUGACCACCAGAUCAGAUUAAGCUCAAAUCCCUUCUCUGCCCCAUACCUCUUUCUAAAAUACCUUCCAGCCACUGAUUUCACCCCCUUUCAAUCUACUUUCUAUACUCAUGCCACAGGCAUCACUCUGAGAACUGAGUGAUCGGCCUCCCCCUUACCCCUCCCACCCAUCUAAGUCCUUCAGUGGUUUUUCUACCAGCCUAAGCAUAAAUCCAGAUUCUUGGCAUGAGAUACAAUAUCCUUCAAUAUCUGGCCCCUGACCAUUUUCCUAUGUAUUCCUAUGACCCUGUGAAUCCAAACUUUAUGAGGUUAUCCCAACUCUUCGCACUCUUAUUUUUCUGACUUCUUCCCUCAUUAGAAUUCUCCUCAACCUCUUGCAUCUGGUGAAAUCCUCUUUAAUAAUUUAAGACUGCGCAUCAUCUCCUCUGGGAAGUGUUCCCUGACACUCUUUCCCUUAAAUAAGUUAUUUCUCUUCCCUUGUGCUUCCCUGGGCCUUGUAUUUAUUCAUAUCAAAAACUAUCCUAUUUUACCAUAUUUCUUGGCUUGUUAAUUUGUUUCCCUUUUUAAGCUUAAAGACUGCAGAGAGAAUGAAUGUAUCUAAAAUUAUUCACAUAUGAGUCCCAGUAACCAAGCACCAUACCCAGAACAUGGUGGGAGGUCAACCUGGGGCUCAAUAAAUGAUACCUGAUGAGUUAAUGGGCAACUGAGAUGACCUUUCCUCUGCUAUGCUGGCCUCUAUUAAGUUAAAUUAUGAUGAGUAUCACUUUGUAGGUUUUAGCCUCUAUAGAGUACAGCUAUCCUGCUGUGCACACUGGUAACUCCAGGCCUGUUGGUGAGUCACAGCUGGGGAAGAGACCUUCACCUUCCAGACUAUGGCUGCACGCUGCUGGUUUCCCUAAAUCUGUGGACCUCGUCUCUCUCACCCUACAUAACAACCACUAAAUACUGAAAAAAGAAUAAUGAAAAUGAAAAAAAAAAGGAUUCUUAAUGUAGAAAAUAGCUGUUUAUAUCAGUCUUUAAGAGUGGAAGAAGUGAAUAGUUGCAAAUAAAAUCUAGUUCCUUUUCCUUUCAAAGUGUGUUUCAAAAACAAAUCAUAAAACUGGCCAACAAAUGAUUAUUUGAAGGGAGAGGAAAAUGAAAAGAGAAAUAAUAGGUGUUACACCCUUAGGGACAUAAGAGUCUGCUCACUGGCUUUCUUUGGUCACAGAAAAGAAAAGGAAGGAGCAAUUCAGGAAGAAAUGUCAAUGAAUAUUUGCUGGCACAUCAUUGAAGACAUGUAAUGAGACCACCAUAAUUAUCUACCAGACCCUCAUCUUCAUCACCAUCACCAUCACUACCAAAUGCUAGGCUGGAUUUUGAUCACCCUGGCAACCACUGCUGUCCUAGUCUCCUGCUGUCUGGCGAGAUGCUGCUCCCCCCUCACCUCUCUGCAGCAUCACUACUGGACCACCCACCUCUGCAAUGAGAGAAAGCUCUUUGAACAAGCUGCAGAGCAGCACUCGCGACUCCUCAUCACGCAGCGCAUCAAGAAGCUAUUUGGCUUCAUUCCUGGAACUGAAGAUGUCAAACACAUUCGUAUUCCCUCGUGUCGGGACUGGAAAGAUAUUUCAAUACCCGGUUUUCUCUGCAUUGGUGAUGACUUGCAAGGUCACUAUAGCUUCCUGGGAGACAGGGUGGAUGAGGAUAAUGAGGAAGGGAAAUCAGGAGAUAUUGAGUUAAAAUCUUAAUUAUAGAACCUUUCACAACUCAGGUUGCUUAACAGCUAUUUUAUUUCUAUGAUGAUGGAGUUGCAGUGUAAUCUCUUCAUCUUUUUUUCUCUCUUCUGAUAUUUGUUUACAUAAGCCCAUCCUAAAUGCUAUUUUCAAAGUCAAUUUAUCUGAUAUCUCUUUUUGAAAUUUCAUUGAUGGUCUGACUGGUCUAAUGAAAACAAUAUGAAAUCUGAAGUCAUGUCAAAAUUUGAAUCUUAGUUGUUACCUUUUAGCUAUGUAAAAAUUUUAAUAUCUUUGAGUGCCAUUUUGUUACCUGCACAUAGUAGCUACCUCACAGAGCUCUUGUAAAGCUAUAUGUGCUAAUUAAAUGGGAUAAUAUAAGCAAAGUACUCAGCAUAGCGCCUUUCAUAAAAUAGGUGCCAAUAAAUGUUACUUUCAUCUUC